AUGAGUUGGAGCAACGGCACAAUGAUGUGCGACGUGAUGCCCACAAUCACGGAAGAUGGCGUCGACCAUCCCAUUGACGAGCAGGCCACCCACGACGCCAAUAUCGAACAGGUUAGAUCAUUUUUCAGCUUUUUUUCAUUUCUCAAUAUUUUUUUUUUUUUUCUGUCUAGAAAGCGUUUUUUUAAGAACUCACAGCAAAAACGGUAAAGUCACCUAUUUUGAAAUUUUAUUGAUAUUAAUCCCAAAUCAUCUUUUUUUCUCCCUUGUUUGAAUUCAAUCCAUCAUCAGACGAAAAAAAGCGGCAUUCGGGAAACUUUUCAGAAAUUUUUUAUCAUCCAACUACACCUUAAUCAAUUUUUCCCAUGGAACCCCAAACUGAAAGUAUUUGCGUGAGAAAAAGCGAGAAAUCAGCUCUCAAUAAAGUCAAAUCAACAAGGUUUUUGGUUUAUGGCACCAUUUUCUCGUCGAUUUGGAAGCGUCUCCAGUUUCUUUCCUAGAGAUGCCUUUUUCCGGGAAAGAUGAGCUUUUUCCGUUGUUGUGUUUUUUUUUUGAUUUUCCAAAAUUUGGUUCUCCACUUAGGUUGCUUAGAUGUUCAGCGUAUGGGCGUUCAAUUUUUGAUACAUUUUGGACUUUUUUUGUUUUUUUCUAGUAAUACUUUUUUUGCGUUUUUUUCUAUACACUGAAAAAUUGGAAUAUAUAAUAUCAAUUCGAACGGAAAUCAUAACAUGAGGAGAAUUUUUUUCCCGUUUCAAAAAAAGCUCACAGUGAACCAACUUAUCUCAUAAAACACACCAUAAAUAACUUUUCGGUAUCAAAACUACGUGAAUGAUUCAUUUUCAGUUAAUGGUGAACAUGCUGGAAGACCGGGACAAACUGCAAGAGCAACUGGAGCAGUACAAAAUGCAGCUCGACGAUUCGAUGGCCAAAACACGAGAAGUCGAACGAGAAAGAGAAAAUUUGAGACGACAAAUUGAAGUCCACACUCAUCACCUUCCUAACGUGAGUAUUUUAUCAAUUUUUUUCAUUAUUUUAAAAUUGCAAGGUCUUGAAGAAUGAAAUUUUUUUCUUUUUUUAAGGGAUAGAUGAGCUUGAUGAUUAAGGAAUGUUAAGAAAUAUUCAAAUGAUUGUUUUUUUCAAUGAAAAAUGAACAGUUUUCUACUCAAGAUUGUGGAUUCUCAGCUCAUAUCCUUAUGGAGGGGGGUGGAUACAAUUUUUUUCUUUUUUUCUUCAAUUUUCAUCCAAAAAAAUCUUCUUGAAUAAUAUUAAUUUUCAAAUUCUGAAAUUGAAUCGAUAAAUAUGUUAGAUAAUACUCAUGCGAAAAAUAGAGAAAAAAAAUCAUUAUUUUUCCCAGUUCCUGACAAAAUAAGAGAGACAUUUGAAAACUUCCAAAAUCUAUUUUUUGCCUACCAGACCUUCUUUGAAAGCAAAAUCCAUUUACACAAAACCUAGAAAACCAAUCCUUCAAAUGCAAAAGCUGUUAGAAGACGCUUGUUUUGGACAACAAAAGCCCUCGAAAAGGCGGCUCCAGACCCUCUUAUCAAAACGCGAUUUCAACCCCAGUGGGCUGAGCUGGCGAGCGAAGGCCAAAAAAGAAAAGGAAGGAAGGAAGAAGGAAAAAAAAACACAGCGCGGCCUCAGAAAGGCCAGAAGCAGAAUCGACUAGGGUAAGUGCUCCCAUCCAUGCUACACGUCUUAUUAGGUCGCGCUUCACUAUUGACGCCGCUUGUCUGGAGCCGCACCCUUUUCUUUAUUUUUGUUUUUGUUUUUGAUCCUCAAUCUUUCUUCUUGUCGGAAUGUUAAACCUUUUUAUCUGAACCUUCUGAAGUUUGAGAGUUCCAAAAACUUUUUCAAAUAUUCAAAACUUGAAGCGAACAUCUUCUCAAUAGUAUACCAAGUAUGUCAAUUUAUUUGUAUGUUUUCUAAAAAUUGACAUUUCUAUUAGGAAGCUUCACAUCCUUGCAAUUAGAAUGCAAUUAUCUUGUUUAUUUGAAAUUUAUUACCACAUUUUUUUCAAUCCCAAACUGGUCGCCAUGAAGGAAAACUAAUUCAAUUAGUAGACCAGAGUAGGUACAACAUUAAAAUGCCAUGUCCACACAUUCCUGUUUCAAACCAUAUACAUUAUGUUCAGCUCAGUUUUAACUAAAAACUAAAUAACUAUUUGAAAAGUUAUUCAUAACGUAAAUCUUAAAGCGCAAGGUUUCCAUUUUCAAUCAUAAUUGGUUUGAAUUGGGAAAUUCUCAAGUUCCUAAAAACUUUUUUUUUCUCCCGAAACCUUGCAAAUUGAAGGAAAAAUUCGUUAUAUCCCUUGACCAGAGUAGAUUCAAAAGCUGUUUUCUACAUAUCUUUACAAAAAUGUUUUCAGUCAAAUUCUUCCGAUUCUCUCAGUAGAUGUAGGAAUUAAUUGACUAUUUUAAUUUGAAAUAAAAAUAUCAUUAAAAAUCUUCCAAGCUCUAGGCACAGUUUUCGAGAAAAAUCAAUUCAUUGUCCGAGAAAAAAGCUGAGAAAUGAGAUGCAAAGUGAAGGAUGGCUGCGAUAUUUUUAGUGGAGACCUAAAAUUUUUUUUUCUCCGUGUCUUUUGCUACAAAUCUGCUAAAGCAAUAAAAAGCUAUUCCUUUUUCGUACAUUACCUGGUAUUCCUUUCUUUGAUUCCACGUUUUUUCUUGCGUUCGCUUCUUCCUCUGACAUUAGAGAGCUGAAAAAAAGACAUCGGUCAGGAAAAUCCGAGAUAUUCCGCGCCCAUUGAGGGCAAUGAGCGAUGACUGCUCCAGCAGUGCCUCUUCACGCCUCAGACAUCAAAUCGGUACUUUUUUUAUAGCUUGUAGAGUUUCUGUUUUUUUCUUGAGAAACUUUUUUUCCAGCUAGAAGUAUUUAGAUUAUUUUUUUCAUUAUUUAUUGUUGAACUAAAUACAUUUGUAAACUGGACUAUCAUGAGGAAAAAAACGGGAAAAAGCUGAAAAAAAUCAAUCAAUUUUUUUAGAAGGACAUCAAGUAGGGCACAAUUUUAAAAUUUCAGGAAGUUCAAGUGAUGACGCGAGAGCUCGUGCAGAUCCGAGAACAACUUUUGGAGAAGGAUGAAGAAAUUGUUGAAUUAAAGGUAUCUUUUUUUUGUUCACUUUUUUUAUUAAUUAAAAAAUGUUUUUUUCUUUUGAAUACUUUUCCUUUUACCAAGAAAAAGUUUUUCAGGCAGAGAGGAACAACACCAGAUUAUUACUUGAACAUCUGGAAUGCCUUGUUUCCCGACACGAAAGAUCUCUGAGGGUCACGAUUAUGAAACGAGUAGCGCAGAGUCCGGCAGGAGUUUCGUCAGAAGUCGAAGUCCUGAAAGCCUUGAAAAGCCUUUUUGAGCACCACAAAGCCCUAGAUGAGAAGGUGAGCAAUUCAUAAAAAUCUGGAACUUUUGAAAAUGUCGCUUUAGUUUCGAGAAAAUCGUACAGGCUGAUUUUUUUGUUUCAAGCUUAGGUGAAUUCCGAGGUGAAGCAAUUAGAAAACUGAAAAAUAAGUAAUAUCAAAAGUUUAGAAAAAAAUCAUCAUUUUUUUGUUGCAGUCGCUGCUUUGGCUUCAUUCCGAAAAAAAGUUUUAAAAAUCCUUAUUUUUUUAUCUUUGUUGCCUCAGGAUAGUCUUUUUUUCGAUGAAAGGCUGAAUUUUUAUCAUUUUUUUAGAAAUUUUCUUAAUUUUUAGAUAUGUUCAAAGUUCAAGUUGGACACCAUUUCAUCUUUUUUUAGAUUUUUUUAUUCUCUAUCCAGCAACGCAUUCAACAAAUUUCACGCCUCUCUUUUUCACAGGUUAGAGAAAGAUUACGAGUUGCCAUGGAACGGGUUGCGACUCUCGAAGAAGAGUUGAGCAGCAAAGGCGAGGAAAAUUCAUCGCUCAAAGCGCGGAUCGCCACGUUUGCUGCAGAAGCUGAAGAAGCUCAGGUGAGAUUUUUACUUUUUGAUUUUUAAUCCUUUAAUUUUUUAUUUCUUUUUAGGCCAAAGGCAUCAAGACAAAUGGGGCAAUGAGUGCGGAAAGCGCCAACAGAUUGAUCGAGAUGCAAGAAGCGCUGGAGAAGCUGAAAACGGAGCUGGCCAACACCUUGAAGCAGUCGGCGGAACUUGGCGCCAGGUAUGAAAAAUAUUUAUUUUUCGUAGAAAGGAUUUUUUUCAAUGUACUCCAUUUACCAUUACUUAGAGAAGAAAAAAUUCAAAACCAAAAAAGAAAAAAUGAAUUCAUCAUUUUUUAAAUUCGUUUACUCAAAGUCUUGGACGCCUUUUGUAGCAACGAAAAAAUUUAAAAUGCUGAAAUACGGAAAAAAUUAUUUUUUUUUAAUAUUUGAUAUCAACACCUAUAUAUCCCAAUUUCCGGAAGAUCGCGACUUCAUCAAUUUUUUCCAGAAACACGGAAAUUGAAAACCAACUGACAUCCUCCCAAAAAGAGAUGCAUGCGGCUCAGGAGCAAGUUACUAAGCUGAAAAAUCAGAUUAGUGAGGUAAGCCUUUUCUUUCUCCUAUUUUACGUUUCUUCUUCAUCUCCACUUUUUUCAGCUCGAAGCCCAAAGAAACGACCAGGAAACGCGAAUAAAUACCUUGGAGAGUCGAUAUAUGAGCGCUCAAAGAGAAACGACGUGCAUUCGGGAUUUGAAUGACAAGUUGGAGCACCAGGUUUCGUUUGAUUCUUCUCGUUUCUAGGGGAAAAAAAUGACAGGCUUGUCAGAAAAGGAAAUAAAUUUUUUUGGAUUUUUAUGAGGCCGAAAUAAUUUUUCCACAAAAUUCACAUUUUGAUAAAACUAGACAAAAAAAGUGCUACGAUGUUUCCUUUCUCAGUAACAAAAAAACAUCUUCACUUUUUUUCUUUUUUUCCGAGAUUUUAUUCCUCAAAAAAAUCAGCCAAUAUUUCGUGUUUUCAUGAUUAAAAAUAGAAAAUGUUGAGGUUUCGACUUCAGAAAAGAAAAAAAUGAAUAAUGUCGUCAAAUUGGCCUUCUUCUCUGAUAAUCAAAUAGUUUUGCAGUUGGCGAACAAAGACGCAGCAGUGAGGCUCAAUGAGGAGAAAGUCCACUCAUUGCAAGAGCGGUUGGAGCUGGCGGAAAAGCAAUUGGCUCAAAGCCUCAAAAAAGCCGAAUCUCUUCCUUCUGUCGAAGCGGAACUUCAGCAACGGCUGGAGGCUCUCACAGCCGCGGAGCAGGUAUUUUUCAUAACUUUCAAAAUGGUAGUUCGAAUUCGGCUUUAAAUAUAAAAAGGAAAAUCUCAACUUUUUUUGUUCUUUCGAUGAAUAAAGAUGAAUCGAAAAUGAGUAAAUUAUGGCUAUGGUAUGAUUUUCAAUUUUUUAGGUCUUUCAAAAAUUAUAAAGAUACCAUAAACAAGCAUAUUCAUUGCCAAACUUGAAAUCUUUAAAAAACGACGCCUCAAUAUAAAACUGUUAAAAGUUAUGAAAGUCUUCAUUUUCAGAAACAAGUGACAGCAGAAGAACGCGUUCAAAGACUGGAACGACAACUUCAAGAAAUGGCCGCUGAAUUGGAAAGAGCUGUGCAGAGAGAGAAGAUGAAUGAAGAACACAGCCUGAGGCUCAGCAGUACGGUUGAUAAGGUAUCCUACUUUUAGAUAUAGCUUCAAUUGCAAAAUAUUGAUUUUCAGCUCCUUUCCGAGUCAAAUGACCGGUUACAACUGCAUCUGAAAGAGCGGAUGCAAGCGUUGGACGAUAAAAAUCGGCUCACUCAACAACUGGAGAGCACGAAGAAGAUUUAUGACCAGGUGAGAUAUAUAGUAAUAAUGAUUUAUAUUGAAUACUUUUCAAGGCCGAAAGAAUAAAAGAGCGGUUACAAAGGGACAACGACAGCCUACGACAAGAAAUUGAAUCUUUGAGGCAGCAACUGUACAACACCCGAACUGCUCAGUUCCAGUCAAGGUACAAGAAAUAUUUUCGGCUUCAAUUGAACAUAUUUUCAGAAUGCACGCGAUUCCCUACACACACGGCAUCCCUAACGGCGUCUCUCAACAGCCGAUUCCAACCCAGCAGAAUUUCCAGUCUUAUGAGCCAACUCCAGUUGGAUACGCUACUGUUGGCGUGAGACGACCCAACAAGGGCCGGAUUAGUGCUUUGCAGGUUUGUUGGGACUUCUUCAAUUUUUAAUCUGGAAAAAAGGUUAUGCUUGUAUAGUCUGUGUGCCACGAAUUUUAUUUAUUUCUUUAUUGUCAGAACAAAGCAAAUAAUUAGUGUACUGAAAUUUCACCAAACGACAUUCCGCUGUUCCGCUGCGUGCGUUCACUAAGCGGUUUUUGGAAUCUAGGUCACGCUUUCAAUUGAUUAUUAUUGCCUAAUAAAAGAAAAAAAAAACAAAAGCGCCACCAACGUUUGCAAAAGUGCGCAGCGGCACAGAGGAAUGUCGUUCCGUGAAAUUUCAAGUCGUGGCACACAGACUAUGAUUCCUAUUGAAGUUUGAGGUUUUGAACUAAAAUUCGUAUCAUAUUUAAAUUUGCGGAAUGUUGUAGAACUUAUCGGACCUUUCAAAAAAAUCCAAAAAAAUGAUUGAUUGAACGACUUUUUUUGGAGUAUACAGUUAAACCAAAAAAAUUAACUUGUUGAAAACUCUUUUAAAAAAAUAAAUUGAAAACCUCUCACAAACUGUUUUUGAAACUGGCAGAAUUUAAGUUCCUUGUGAGAAUUUUGGAAAAAGCGAACAAUUUAUAUCAAAAUUUAAAGUUUGGAAGGCUAUAUGGAGUACAACUCGAAUGCCUUCCCAUUUUUUUUGUCACGAUAUGCCUUUUCAGGAAGACCCGAACAAAAUUCAAACUCUGAACGAGCAGGAAUGGGAUCGACUCCAACAAGCCCACGUCUUGGCAAACGUCCAGCAAGCUUUCUCGUCCUCUCCUUCUCUAGCUGACGUCGGAGCCUCGACGCUUCCGAGAGCCGGUGCUGCCACUCCUCAACAGCAAACGGAAGACGUCAUGGGUUCCGGCCUUCCUUCAACCGGUCAGGAUGCCCACGUUUUGGCCUCAAUGCUUCAAGAACGGCUUGAUGCGAUUAAUUCUGAAAUAAGGUUGGUUUUUUGUUUGUCUGACUAGACGAAAACUUGCUGGAAGCAAUUCAAAAAUUUUCAAACAAGUAAUAGUAUGAAUUUGUGAAAUCUCGCGAAAAAACCCGACUUCAGGAUGAUCCAACAAGAAAAACACCAUGCCGAAAGAGUAGCUGAACACCUGGAAAGAUCUGGAAGAUCGGAAUUCCUCGACGAUCAGGGAAUCUCAACAAGUAGUUCACCCCGCGCCAGUCCUCAGAUGGGCAUGAUCCAACAUAAAUAUAACACGGUACUCUUAUUUAUUUUUAUUUCUUUCAGUCUACUAAUUUAGCUUCCUGCCAAUGCAACAACUUCUGACAGCAGAUAUGAUCAUUACGGUCAUCCUCAGGUUUUCUGAGCUUUUUUUCAAAAUUAGGAGAUUUUUUCAGUUUACGGACGACACAAUGGUAGGAGACUUGGACUACACCCCAAGGAGAUAUAAUCCUCGCUAUGACCAGGUUUUUAACUUUUCUCCCAUUUUUUUCUAUAUUUCUAAAUUCAGCAUCGAUAUGAUGAAGGUGACCGGAUGAGCCCAGCCUCUUCUGUCGCUUCAUCAGACGGGAUGCCAGGCAAAAAGAAGAGGUCCAACAGCUCCAGUGGCCUCAAAACUCUUGGCCGUUUCUUCAAUAAGAAGAAGACUUCAGCGACGGAUAUUUAUCGGUUAGUUGGAAUGUUUCUUUUCUUUUUGUUUUCACAUAGCCCAGAAAGGACCAUACUUUCUCUUGAAAUGAGUAAUCUAACUUCAGAAGAGGAGACCCAACAAAUUCCUACUCAGAUGGUGAGCAGUCAGGAAAUGAAGGGCAAAACGCGAAAGGAGAUUUUGAUCGGCGGAAAAAGAAGAAACACGAGUUGUUGGAGGAAGUGAGUAUAGUCCAUUUACUGCUUUCUUACCGAAUACAAAGCUUCAAAAAGUCUCCUUACUUUACUCAUUUCUGGUGACAUUUCUUGAGGCAUUCUUAAAGUUUUCAAUAUUUGAUAAAUUUUUAUAUUUCAAUAAAAGGUUCCAAUCGAUUCCGAACUGCUUCAAAAAAGUUGUAAAGAGGCACAAAAUGUUCAGUUACGGUUAUUCAAUAAUUAUUUCCAGGCCAUGAAAGCAAGAACUCCAUUUGCCCUUUGGAACGGUCCCACCGUAGUCGCUUGGCUGGAAUUAUGGGUAGGAAUGCCUGCUUGGUACGUUGCCGCAUGCAGAGCCAAUGUCAAGGUUUUUUUUGAAUGCCUGAACCGAUUACUCUGCUUAUUUUCUUACAGUCCGGAGCAAUCAUGUCAGCCUUAAGCGACCAAGAAAUCCAGAAAGAAAUCGGCAUUUCCAACCCCCUGCAUCGCCUGAAACUGAGAUUAGCCAUCCAGGUAAACAAGAAAGACCUUGGAAAACAAAACCUGAUGUUGAAUUCAGGAAAUGGUGUCCCUCACGUCGCCGUCAGCUCCUCGAACGGCUCGAUUGACUCUGGCAUUUGGGGACAUGAACCACGAAUACAUUGGAAAUGAAUGGCUUCCAAGUCUUGGACUUGCUCAGUACAGGUGAAUUUAAAUGAAUUUGGAAGAUUAUCGGACUUUCUGGUGGCCCCAAAGACUUUAGAAUUGAGAAAAAAGUUCAACAAUAUAAAAAAAAAGCUUGAUAAAAACCUUCUUCAAAGUUUUGUUCUGCAAAGAAUUGAAUUAGAUUCAAACCUUUCAUGGGCUCAGAAGAGUUUGAAAAAUAGUUUAAAGAACUGUCGCAAUAAGAAAAUUUCACAUGAGUUCUCUCGUUCACAAUAAAACUUUUAGGUCAGCAUUCAUGGAAUGCUUGCUUGACGCCAGAAUGCUGGAACACCUGUCGAAGCGAGAUCUUCGACAUCAUCUGCGGAUGGUCGAUACCUUCCACAGAGCGAGUCUCCAAUAUGGGAUCAUGUGUCUCAAGAAAAUCAACUAUGAUCGCAAGAUUCUGGCCGAUAGGAGGAAAGCUUGCGAGAAUGUGAAUAAAGGUGCGUUCCAACUCCUCAAAAUGACGUUGGGAAAAGUCAAAAAUGCUCUUUUCAACCAAAAUUCGAAUUCCCAAGGUGAAGAAAGAUUUUCAGACGUUGUUGUAUGGUCCAACGAACGGGUUCAAAGAUGGAUAGAAGAAAUUGGCUUGGGAGCCUAUUCUCGAAAUCUGACGGAUAGCGGAGUUCACGGCGCCUUGAUAGCUCUGGACGACACCUUCGAUUCUCAAGCUUUUGCUUAUUCUCUUCAAAUUGGAGCUCAGGAUAGCCAGAGCCGACAGGUAUUUUUUGAGAGCUUUAUGCGACAUUUAACUCUGAAAAAGUUAAUAAAGUUGAAUCUAAGAACUAUAAUUUAUUAACUUCUUAUGUCAAAAAAAUGGCGACAUAUCUUUUUUGAAAAUUUUCCAAGGGUAAGCGACGAGUAAAUUAUCAAAAUAACUUUCAGGUGCUCGAAAAACGGUUCAACGCACUCGUGGCAGAGUACAGAAAUGCAGCUCGAGGGCAUCCCCAGCCGGUAAUGCAUUCCUCGAACUAA